CAUGUCAAUUGCACCGGCCCUACCGAACUUUUACUUCUUUCUUUUUUUUACACAUUUAAAUCAUUAACAUUUUGUGGCUCUACAUCGUUCAUAACGUGCUAAUAUUGGAUGUUUGAUUCAAUUGUUUGCAUCGUUAUUUCGCACAGCGUAUGGUUUCGGUCACUUUACGGCAUGUCGAAUUUAGUAACACCUUAAAAUGUGGGUGCACACUGUACAGAUUGUAUUAGAAUUGAAUGCGUUAUCUGGUAACCAAGACAAAGAAGACAUUAACUAAAGAGUAAACAAUCCAAGUAAUAAAUCUGGUAUUGUUAUGUUUACGCUAAAUACACGGUUGUUGAAACCGAAAGCACGUCUUACACGCCCGACGUUAAUCAUUCAACACUUUAUCGUUGUACAUUGUGAGAAUUUCUCCAGAAUUGUGCACGGUCGUAAAUUCUACAGUUUAUAAAUAUACAAUUUCUGAGUUUGUUCCAAGGGCUAUAUAAUUAAUUAAUAAUAUUUUGUCAAACCACCGUGCGUCUUGCCAAAGGGAUUAACGAAAAUAUAUUUUUACGAAAUUUAAAAGUUACAACGAAAUGAAACGGCGUUAAGAAAUUUGAAAUAUAAUAUCACUCUGAUAGAAUAAAGUAAUUUGUUGGUAUCUGAGUAGGUACAUAUUUUUUCUUUGGAAUUUAGAGCAGAUUGGUUCUGUUUAUAAUUAUACAUUCAGAGGUUAGUGUUGGUUUGAUUCAUAUUGAACGGGGUCUGAGACGUCGACGAAUGAGACCGGUACAGUUUAUUUAAUAUGACCGUGUGUGGGAGUCUAGAGCGCGAUCCAACAUUUUAUAUAAAUAAUAUUUUGAUCUGCGUAAUUUAAUAUAACCAAUAAAACCAUUGUCGAAAUAUUUUUACAAAAUUGGACACAUAAAACAUACAAUGAUAUUGACUAUUGACGAGCAGUAAACUUUUUAUAGCACAAUGAAAUCUUUUAUUAUCCCAAAUAGUGAUUAUCCAUCGGCGGGGAUGACAUGCGCGUGAGUUGAGUGCUUUCAGUUUUCAGUGAAGCGCUAGCACACGCUAUGAUACGCACACACGCGCAGCGUUCCCGCAAUGUUUCUCACGGCGACGUGCCCAAAAAUGAAAAAAAGAAAAAGGUGUACCGGGAAGGCAGUGCGCGAUGGUAUGCCGGCAUAAGUGAGCUGGCCGAGGACGCGGAAGACGACGCCGAGGCUGGCUACAUAUCCAGCGACGAGUCCGCGCAUGGAGUCGAUCUCGCAGAACGGCUGAGGGUUAAACCUUCUAAAGACAUAUGGGAACUAGACGAGAUACAAUACACAUUACGUCAGCUGCCGCAUUUUGAAGAAAUAUUAUCGCUGAUGGAUACCGGCCAUUACGACGAGGUUAUAUCAUACGCUACCAAUACUAAUGGAGGGGUCGGUUUGCGAUCGGCAGCGUUGUGGGCUUGCUGGCUCGGCAGGAGCACGCUGCUGACUAAGUUAUUGAAACUGGGAAUUGAUCCUGAUGAGACUGAUGAUGCUGGCAGAACGUGUCUACAUUUGAGUUGCUUAGUGGGCAGCGAAGUAUGCGCUAAAGUGUUACUCGACCAUGGAGCGCACCCGAACAGAUGGGAUUCUUCUACUGACACAAAAGCGACGCCGCUUCACUGUGCAGCCAGCGCAAAGAGCUUGGCUUGCGUAAAGGUGUUAAUCGCUCAUGGUGCUGACGUAAACGCCGGUUUAAGCGAUCGUUCUCCCUUGCACUAUGCAGUACUCAGUGACGCACCGGAAGUAGUGAAGGAAUUGUUGGAAGCAGGCGCAUGCCCUGAUACACCGCAGGUAUUCACUGAAACCCCUUUGCAUGUAGCAGCAUCCCUUGGAUCUGCUUCAUGUACCAAGUUAUUGUUAGACGCUGGCGCAGAUGUCCGCGCAGCAGUGGGUCCUGGCCGUUCGACUGCUCUGCAUUUGGCGGCGGAAGAUGGACAUGCAGAAUGCGCCCGUUUGCUACUUGAACAUGGAGCUCAUAUAGACUGGCCAAAUUUUAGAGGACAAACACCUCUUCAUUUAGCGACUUUGGCACAAUCGUUGGAAGUGGUGGAAAUGCUAGUAAGCAAAUGUGCUAAUGUAAGAGCACGAGAUGCAGACGGACGUACUCCUUUACACGGGGCAAUAGUGAGGGGAGCUAGAGCAUGCGACGUGGCACGAUUACUGCUGUCUGCAGGCGCAGAUCCUAAUGCUCCAGACAAUUUUGGAUAUACUCCGCUUCACAUAGCGGCUCUUAAUGAAUUUUCUGCUUGCGUGUUGCUACUGUUAGAUUAUGGCGGCGAUGUGACUCUUCGGACUAACGGUGGUGUGUCAGCGCUAUCGUUCAUAGUCCGAAGGGUUCCCGAUGUGAUUCCUCGAUAUUUGUGCAAGUUCGAUGAUGCAGUGCAUGUCAGCGAACAUGAACUGGGCGAUGUCGACUGCGAGCUAACGAUCGACUUUCGACCACUAGUCCCGUGUUUAACGAGGGGAGAAGCUGAAUUGCUCCUGGCUUUUGUGGAAGUGGGUCGAAAAGAUGUUCUCAAGCAUCCUGUAGCAGAAACUUUCCUUUUCCUAAAAUGGCGGCGAAUACGAAAAUUUUUCGUCUUGAGUUUCAUUUACCACGCUUUAUUUAUAACUCUGUAUAGUCUUUAUAUUUUACAAAUAUUCCUAUGCGAGGAUGUCACUUGUAAUGUGCCUUCGUAUUUAAGACCGAUGCAAUAUCUUAUUUUACUCCUGAACCUUUGCUUUAUGUUGAAGGAAGUGUUUCAAGCGUGCCAAGAUUGGUCCGCAUAUAUUCGACAAUGGGAAAAUUGGUUACAAUGUUUUAUUAUUAUAGGAGUGUUUUUGUGUACAAUACCUUACUGGGAUAUUGAUAACGGCGUAAUAAGGACCGAUACGACAGACUGGCAGCACGAUGUGGCAGCUAUAACAAUAUUUUUCUGUUGGUUAGAGUUAAUGAUGAUUAUUGGCCGAUUCCCAACGUUUGGACUUUACGUUCAAAUGUUUACUACAGUGACUGUCAAUUUUGCAACAUUCCUCUUAGCGUACAGUUGCCUCCUCAUCGCUUUUGGUUUAGCAUUCAGCAUCCUAUUCAGCAAUUACCCGGCGUUCCAUUUGCCCGCUGGACUAGUGAAGACGGUAAUCAUGAUGUCUGGAGAGCUCGAAUACGAGGAUAUAUUCUACAGUAACAGUAGCAGCUCACAGAUACAAUAUCCCCUCACGGCGCAUGGGAUGUUCUUGAUUUUCGUGGUGUUAGUCACUGUUAUAUUGACAAACUUGCUGGUUGGUUUAGCUGUAAGCGAUAUUCAGGCCUUACAAGAAAGUGCAGGACUGGAUCGCCUGGUGCGACAAACAGAACUAAUAGCACAUCUUGAAGGAAUGCUGUUUAGUUCAUUGCUGUCAUGUGCCCCGAAACAGUUGCUUGCCGUUCUUCGUUGGGGAGCUCUACUGACUGCCUCACAAAUGCGCACGCUUAAUAUUCGUCCCAAUGAUCCCAGAGAAAGCAGGAUACCAAAGGAACUGAUAUCGUCAAUAUAUAAAAUGGUGGCGAGUCGAAAAGAUACAAAAAGAAGUAUAAGAAAAAAUAACAAUUACGAAUUCAGACUGAUGAAAUGUAAAGACGAAGAAGAUAAAGAGCAAAAGCAGGAUGUUGUUAAGAGGAAGAGUAAUUUGUAUGACAGAUAUUCAGUUGAAAGUCAGAAUGUAGAGAGAAGAAAGAGAACCACGUCAGGUUCUAAUGCUGACAAGAAUCGACCGCCAUCAUUAACAAUUAAUGCUAUACAAGAAAUAUGUAUGGUUGACAUAAAAACACAACUGCUAGAACUAACGAAGAAAGUCAAUAAGCUUGUAGAGAUAACAGACGCGAGACUUAACCAGAUCGAAAGUAAACUAGAUGUACAACCACCAUAAUUUUUUGUUGAAAUAUGCAAGUAAAUUUGUAAAAGAAUAAAAUCUUCUAUUUCUUCUUUA